AUGAGGACACGGUUCAGGGGACAAAAAACCACAAUCGCUUGCUUGGGGCUGCUCCCUAGAAGCAAAUCUGGUAAAUGUGAUAACCUCAAUCGAUCCAAAAAACGCAAACCUGAUGCUGUUUCAUAUUCUCAAAGAAAAUCUCAACGAGUUAUUGGUCAGGCUAAGCCGACUAGCGGUGGAGGUGAUUCCAUCCAAAAAAAUGAUGGCGCAUUAAAAAACGAGAAAUCCAUCGGUUUAUUACGAAGCGAAAAAACUAGGGCUCUUGCGGAUAGAGCUGGAAUUUCUGGUAGAGGCCGACGUGCUACUAAGAGCAACCUCUGCAGUGGUUCUCGAAGCACUUCCGAAGAUUCUGACAGAACUGUAUCCUUGAACCUUUCUCCUGAAAAACGGAAGUAUGGCUUGCGAUGCAAAAUCACUUCAUUUGCCGAGGAUGAUGGUAAAGAUCCUGCUAACCACAAAUCCGAUAAUUCCGGCUCGGCCCUCAUUGCUAAAGUUUCCGAAGAUUCCCAGCCCUCAACUGACGGAUCCUCAUCCAAAAUUAAAGCUCUUGCUUGUUCUCUAGGUACUACUCCUUAUGCUGCUCCCAAAAGUGCUGUUCCGCCAGUCGUUCAGUUGCCAAUGAGUGCUCAUAAUGGAUGUGAAUUAGCUAAUGGGUUUCUUUCCUUUCCAUAUAUGGCUGAUAAUAUCAAAAAGCCUAAUUAUUUGCCGAUGAAAAACAUCUCAUCAAGACCUGCGGACGCACAUACUCGCAGAACUCUUGACAUUGAUCAUGGUAUGUGGGUGUUCGAUUGUCCUAUCGAAUCUUCUGUCGACGUCAUUGAUUUGAAUUAUGAAUUUAGUAGAGAUAAAUGUAUCACUACCUCUAGAUUUGGGACAACAGACGAGGUUCUCCAGGAAAUCUUGGCCGAAUUAAAUCUUACAGGAAAGGUUCCUACUCCAACAAAGCGUUGCUUAUCGAAUACCCACAAUUUAUACACGUCUGAUGAUAAUAUGGAGAUUCAAUAUGAAAAUUCGCUCAUAAAUUUGACUACUGAACAACUUUGGUGCAAUGGUGAUAUCAAUCGUGAACUUGGAUGUAAGGAUGAAUUCUUGGCUUCAGCUGGCUUGUUGCGCCCUUCUGUUUGUGAAGUCUGGAGGAAGCGCCGCGAAGAUAAAACCAAGCAGUUAAGUCGCAGUGUUAUGGGGCGUCUUAGACCAAAUCCAAGACCCAGGAGAUAUUCUGAUAUGAUAUCGCCCCAUGCGACUAACCCGUCAAGCUUAUUAGUAACUCGCACAAAAUGCUAUUAUCGUAAUGAUUCAUUGCGUACACACGGCGUCUCUGCGGCCCGUCUUACUGCAGCUAAAAAACUAAGUUUGGCAAAAUCCCUUCAACAAUCAAAUACUUCUGUUGGUCUUGAAUUUAUUGCUGACACAUCUUUUGAUCCAUCUGCCGAUGUCAAGUCGAAUCCUCAGCUUUCUUCAUUUGAUGUGGCUCGCAGAGAUCGGACGAUCAACGUACGUAUUAAAGCAAGUUCAUCGCGCUCUUCCUCUCCUGUCGACUAUCCAGCUAAUGGGAUUCGAUCUAGGACGCGUAGACGCCCAGAUAUUCGCCACCAUAUUGAUUGGAAGUUUUGUUAUGCCGAACAGAGUCGCCAGUCCAAUUCUGGUUCUGUAGCAUCCACUAACGUAAAGUCAGAUGGAUUUAAAAAGCGUCAAAUUCUUAAUAUGAGCUCCUCUUUAGGCGAGAAACCACGCACUGUAGCUAUAGCGAGGACUUUAGCUGUGCAAAGCAAGCUGGACAAACGUAAGGUGGUGCGGCGCCGAGAUGGCGCUGGGAACUCGGCCGAUGAAGUUGAGAAAGUUGAUUCCCAAUUGUCCAUUGAAAGUGGUGAUAACUCUAAACCUGAUGCAGAAGAAAAUGAUGUUUGCCCUAAAGUGUCUAGAAGCCAUCUUAUCAUCUCACCUAAAAAGGUUCAUUCUGUUUCAUCUCCUAACAAAAGGAUGACUGUUUCGCUUGACAUUACUAGGCGUCACGGCUUGUCAGUUAAACGAAAACGCCUACAGGCCACAGAAUCAAUACUUUCUCUAAGUUCCGAUCAAAGUGACGAUAGUCAUUCUAUUAACGAUGAAAAUGAAUCAGUGAUUCACGCUGACCAAACAGCUCGACACAAGGCUUGUGGGAACCUGGAAAAAAGGUGGCGGGCUGCCACUUAUCGACAGCGCAAUUUAGGCGUUCGUCAAAGAAUUUGUCCAACUAAUGAGCUUAGUAGAGACAAUUCUUCAGUUGCAUCAUCUUCUUCGGCUGCAUCCCAACAUGCAGAAAUAUGUGAUGUGUAUGGGCGUUCAUUUCGCCAAACUCCUUGGUAUGGGAAGCCUACCUCUCAU